GAGAAAGAAACGCGGCGCGUGAAAUGACAGCCUUCGGGAAAGAGGAUGACGCCGACGUCGUCGAGAAAGCGUCGCGGAAGAUGUUCAACGUGACGUCUCCGAUUCUGCAACAAAGCUGUACCCUCGGAAUCAGGCAUUUGCAGGUACUACUGCUGUUCUUGGGCAUGACCAUCGGAUACAGUCUCAGAGUUGGAAUGUCGGUGGCCGUAGUGGCAAUGGCAAACGCGAGCACCGCGAAUCCGAAUAUCGAGGAUUUUGGUUGGAAUGGAGAUGAGCAGGGUUUAGUGCUGAGCUCAUUCUUUUGGGGCUACUUGGUGACGCAGAUACCUAGCGGCUACAUCGCCACCAUCUGGAGUGGUCAGAAACUCCUUAGCAUUGGGAUGCUGAUUUGCGGUGUGCUGAAUGUCGUGCUGCCGAUCGUCGCUAGCAGUUGGGGUUUGGUGGCUGUUCUGGUUUGCAGGGUAGGCAUGGGUCUUACUCAGGCUUGCCUAUUACCUUGCGCUCAUGCCCUUCUAUCGAAGUGGGUACCGCCGUCUGAGAGGGCACAACUGGCAACAUUUGCUUAUGCGGGCGCUCAAUUUGGAACAGUAAUUACUAUGCCGAUUUCCGGAGCUUUUGCUGCAUCGGAUGUAGGAUGGCCCUUCAUCUUUUACACGUUUGGUACAUUAUCAAUCGUCUGGAGCGUGGUUUUCUUUAUUUUAGGGGCAGACGCACCAUCCACUUAUCGUGGUAUUUCCCAGGAAGAGAAAGAAUAUAUAGAAGAAAGUCUGAAAACAACAGAGGAGAAAGAAACAAAUCAGAAAUUGCAAACGCCAUGGAAAGAGAUCUUUACUUCGGCACCCAUGUGGGCUAUUAUAAUAGCCCAUUGCGGCCAGAAUUGGGGCUACUGGACUCUAUUGACAGAAAUACCUGAUUAUAUGACACACGUAUUACACUUCGACAUUAUGAAAAGUGGCGGAAUCGCCGCAUUGCCGUACUUGGCAAUGUGGAUCCUUAGCUUCCCCGUAAGCUGGUUAUCCGAUUACGCAUUAAAAAAAGGCAUGUCCAGAGGCCUAGUAAGGAAAAUAUCCAACACGUUGGCACAUUGGGGUCCAGCCAUCGCUCUGGCGUGUAUGAGCGUUUUGCCUACCAAUAACUAUGUCUGGUCCGUGAUUGUUCUUAUCAUCGCGGUCGCGCUGAAUGCUGGUUCUCUUUGCGGUUUCCAGAUUAAUCACAUCGAUCUCAGUCCGAACUUUGCCAGUACCAUGAUGUCUAUUACUAAUUGCCUCGCCACUAUCACCGCCAUCGUUGCGCCAAUAAUAUGUAAUAAGAUUGUCUAUGAUAAGAGUAAUGCAGAUCUGUGGAAUAUCGUAUUCUUUGUCUCGGCGGGAGUUUAUUUCCUAGGUAAUUUAGUGUUCAUAAUAUGGAGUAAGGGAGAAGUGCAAUGGUGGAAUGACCCUGAAGAAGGUCAGCGUCAGAAACAACAGCAGAAACAGGAAAAAGUCACAAAGAAUGAGAUUUCAAGUUUAUGAUGUACACAAUUCUAUAUAGUUUAUUCUGAGGCUAUUGUGUGUGUGUGUGUGUGUAUGUGUAUGUGUGUGUGUGUGUGUAAUUUGCAAACCAGAACUGAUUUGUACGUAUAUUAAAGUUAAAUGAACUUUUUGAAAUCGAAGUUAUUUAUUAUCGCUAUUUAUUGUCGCAACUGAUGCGUAGCUGUACAUAUCAUUGCUCAUAAAGUAUAAUGAUCACAUUGGUGUUGUGCUUUUUAUAUUAGACAAACAGAUACUUGUCCUUCAUUUCAUCAAUAUAGUGUCACAGUGUCUGAUUUAUUAUCACCACAUACAUUCCUAAUUAGAUUAGAAAAACAAAUUCUUUUUUUUUA